GGCAGAGGGGAAAGACGAAGAGAGAGAGGGAGAGGGGGCCUCCUGGUUUCUCUGAGACAGGCCCAGAGUGAGGGGGGAGAGGGGCUCCAGGAGCACCACAACGGAGAGCGAGACGAGUGGGUGGAGAAGCAGGAUCGGAGGGGAGGGGGGGAGAAAGAGGCAGGGCGAUAAAAUCAGAACCAGGCUUUGGCAGGAGCAGAGGCAGGGGGUGGGACUUGAGCUGUGGAGGGAAAACGGCACAGGAGGAAACAAAGUUUUGAAAACUGAGGAAACAGAGCAGAUGCUGAUGGCCAAAGCAGGAAGAGAUCCAUGGAAGAAGGUCAUCGUCUGUCAGCAUGUUCUCUGACAGCCGGGCCACUGCCACCACGCCUGGGGAGCAGAGGGGCUUCAAGGCUCAUGCCCCCCACUUCAUCCCAUGGCUGCGCAACAGCCUGAAGGCUCAUCACAGCAGCAGCAGUGGCGACGGCGGCGACCUGGGGCUCAACGGGGCGUACAGGUCCAGCUCGGAGGGCCGCGGCGCCCUGACCACGUUGGAGAGGGCCAAGGGGAUCGGUUUCUUCUCUAGCCGGGCCAAGAAGGGGGAGCUCCGGUGUAAUGGGAUAGGGAUGCUGCCGGUGGUGCUGAGGGGGCAUCACAUCCUGCCAGGCAGCUUGGGGAAGCAGAGAGAGGACGGUCCUGCCAUGUGGAGCAAGACUAAAGAGCUGGAGGUGGAGCCCAGCACCAACGCUCAACUCAGCCCAGAGGAAGGACUGGCCGACAGCUGCUCCUCGCCGCCACAGAGCCACAACGUGGGAUACACAAGCAGCCCCUCAAUGAGGAAAUAUGGGCCUCUGGUGGGGCCUCAUCCCACCCCUGUGCCUGUGUUGCUGGCUGAGAAGCCCGACUACGAUCUGCCUGUCGUGGUGUGCAUGGAAGACAGCGAGGGGAAGAUGUGGGACUACACCAGUCACACCACCUACCGCCAGAGAGACGUCCACUCCUCCAGCUGGCUGAGCUCAGGAACUCAGCAGCUGAUUGAGAGGGAGCGCGGGUUCAGCUCCAGCUUCAGCUGCGUCAACAAACACGGCAGGAGUUCUCAGAGUCAGAGGGACCUGACGGCCCUCAACGGGCUCGUCUUCUCCAGCCAGACCCCUCCUGGAGCCCUGGGCUGCACCGCCACCCUGAGAGGCCCCAGAAGGCCCCAGCCGAACUCGGAGCGGAUUGCGAUCCUGGGUCAGAACCAGACCUGGGUACCGCAUAGACCAAAUAGAGAGCAGGAGCCACAGAGGAAAGGAGCCGAGUGCAGCAGAAAGGUGGUCCGAAACCAGAUCAAACGGGUGGUGGACAACCUGGAGCAGGUCCUCACUUCCCUCAGGGACAUCCAGCAGGAAAUCAAAGAGGUCGUGCAGCAGAUUGACUAUCUAACCUCCUCCAUUGAUCUGGAUGAUGAGGAGCAGCAGAGGCCUGGAGGAGAAGCUCAGCCUCCCAGCGACAGCAGCUACAGUUCGGGCUCCAGCUCCAGUGAAGUGACAGUUCGCAGCGCCCAGCAGAGGGCUCCGGGAGCUGAAAACCAGCCAGGAACUGCAGACUCCUACAGAACCCCCAGCAGAGAGGAUCACAGCAGAAGUCAGCCUUCGCAGAACGGGCAGCUGCGCUCCAUUACCGCGGGCUUUCUGUCAGAAAGGAGCGUUCAAUUAACUUGCGGGCGAUUCCCUAGAAAAACUUUGUCUCGGGUGAACACAAGCAGCCUCCCUCCAUCCAGAAACCCGACCACCCAGGAUCACGUUUCGUCUCCUAAAAGAAGCCUCCCUGCUCGGCCUCCCACUCCCGGGUUGUCUCCACUAACGGUGAACCUCCAUCACCCUGGAUCACAGCCUUCCUCCCCUCUGUCUCCAAAGUCUUAUCCGCCCCCCGCUCUCAGCCCUUCUGUCAUCAUUGAGACCAAAGUCGGGUCACUACAGACCCCACAAAGCGAUCUCCCAUCUGCUGGUCCAUUUCCACCGUUUCUAUCUCACCCUCAGUCUGCCAGCUGCCCACCCACCAACUUUGAAACCAAAAGUUUGCCCCUCCUGCACGACAAAGAGCGGCGAGCGGCCUCAGCGGGACCCUCGAACACCUGCGCAGCCAAACCACCCACAGGACAGGGCCGCAGGGCCCGCAAGCCCCCACCGUACCCGCACCACAGACUGUCUGAGCCCACAAAGAAAGUGAAAGAGCCCCGCAAAGCUCCUCCAUACCCUGAGAAAAGAAGGCUGCUCUCAACCACCGUGUGAGACAAUGCAGCAGGAGGGGGGCGGCCGAUCGAACAGAGGCACAAACACAGCACCAGCCACAUGUCUGCAGGAGUGGGGAGUGAUUUAAGGCCGCUUACGGCUCGCCGAGAUCAAGUUUCCAGGGCAACGGGAUGCAGACGCAACUCAGGAGCCAGGUCGAGGUCCAGGUGUGAUCUGUUCCUGUUCUGACCCCCCCUGAGAGAGAAAGAGAGCCUGGAUGGUGACAAAGGGACCCGGCGUUUCCUCCACUCCGGGGGAUCGCCUCGACAACAGAUGAAAGACACCGAAGGGCACACAGCCAGAGCAGGAGGAGGAAACAUGUUCUCUCUCUCUCUUUCUAAUGACGCGAGUGUCAGGAAUGCCCUUGCUGGGGGAAAGGAGGCGUGUCAAGGUGUGCCUCGCAUCGCCUCGCAGACCACGACCGCAACAGAUACAGCAGACCGCUGCGUAGUGACCGUCCAGACAUUAACCUUCCACUGACAACAUUACGUGCAGAGAUACAACUCCAAGUCGGACUCCAGAAACUAAUAAAAAAAUCUGUCUUUCUGA